CCGCCCGCUCGGCCAGCAGUGACCCAAUAAAGUUAUUUUGAAAGUGACCCUGCCGCUGCCGCGCCAGCCGCAGCUGUCGGAAAUCAUGACUGAAGAUGACGGAUUCCGCGGUAGUGGUGGAGGGCCAGCUCAAGUGGAGAGAUGGAAAAAAGUGGAAGACGCGGUGGGCGGUGCUGCGCAAGCCUUCGCCGGUCGCUGAUUGCUUACUCUUGUUGGUGUACAAGGAGAAGUAUGAGCGACUAAAGGGGUUGAAGGAGCGGAGUAGUGUAACACUGGAAGACAUUUGUGGCUUGGAACCUGGACUCUGUUAUGAGGGUCUGAACCACACACUUGCCAUCAUCUGCUUGACUCAAGUUGUGAUGCUGGGCUUUGAGAACAAGGAAACUAUGCAUGCCUGGGAUGUACGCAUCCGCUACUGCCUUGGUGAAGUUCACAGGUUUCAUGUUGUGGUUGCACCAGGAACUAAACUGGAAAGUGGUCCAGCAACUCUUCACUUCUGCAAUGAUAUUCUAGUACUAGUAAGGGACAACCCACCUACUAUUAUGGGGCAGUGGAAACUCUCAGAUCUGCGGCGGUAUGGAGCUGUUCCUAACGGAUUUGUCUUUGAAGGUGGAACUCGAUGUGGCUUCUGGGCUGGAGUUUUUUUCCUGUCUUGCACGGAAGGAGAGAAGAUCAGUUUUCUUUUUGACUGCAUUGUUCAUGGCAUCUCUCCAAUGAAAGGCUCUUUUGGCCUACGUCCUGUUCUACCAGAUCCCAAUGCAAACCCUGCAUGCAUGGAAGAGAGAGUGGCCCAUGAAGCUUUGCAGUUAGAGAAGCGCCUCAGUCUUCUGUCUCAUGCAAGUUACCAUGGCAGUGGAGGUGAAGAUAGAAGUUUAUCAAGUUCAUCUUCAGACACAAGCCGUUCUGAUACUAGCAUUGGAAGCAGGUUGACUAUUUGGCCUGACCAGUCUUCAGCCAGUACUUCUCAAGAGAGUCAUGGACAUGGAAUAGCUUCAGCAAAAUGCAGUCACCAUGGGGAAGAAAAAUCCCACUCAGAAGUUAUCCGCAGUGUCACCAAGCCACCUUCUAAACUCCUUCGCUCUAGACAGCUACAAGAAAUAGGGCGCCAAAGUUCUUCUGACAGUGGGAUAGCUACUGGGAGUCACUCUUCCUACUCUGGAAGUUUCUCCUCCUAUGCUGAGAGCCUGGACAUUUGCCAUGGGGAUGAAUUUGGGUCAUUGUUGAGCCUGCCAUUGAACCUUUCUUCAGAGCAAAAUGUGUGCACUUGUCUGCGUAGUGAGCAGCAGAGAAGCCCUGGCUUGGAGUACCAGGUUCCCAGCUCCCUCAGGCACACCUACGACACACCCAGGAGUUUGUUGCAGGUACCUGCUAAAGAUGUACACAGUUUAUGUCCCAAUUCCGCCCAAUCAAAGGACCAGACACAUCAAGAAACAGAUGACCUGAAUCUUUUGGUACCACAUCUGGAAGCACAAACCACUCCUGGAUACAGCAGAGAAAAGGGCAUGCAGGCAGCCUUUCCCAUAGAAAGUACAAAAGACUCAUUCUCUGAUGAAAGCAUGGACUUCAUUUUACGGCAGCCACCCCUAAGACAGCAAGGACAGGUGUUAGACUCUAGAAGCACUGAGGGGACUUCGGUUGGUGUGGUCUCCAGCAGCAUGAGUGAAAUGUGCUGCUCCCUUCCAGGGACAUCACGAGCAGUCUUUUCAUCUUGCUUAAUCUGUGGUGGACUAAAGGAAACUUCAAUUUUGUCAUCUGAGGCCUUGCCAUCUAACCCAGGACUUAAAGGAAGCUAUGAAUUGAUGAUACCACUUACAGAGUCUGGCUCGCUUCCUGAUCCUGAAGAAGUUGGAGCAGUAGGUUAUUCAGCAGAUCCACCCACAUCUGAUCGACUGGGCAAUGAGAUGGCUACAUAUGUCAAUAUUCCUACCAGCCCAACAUCAAAGAAACAGCUUCAUUACAUGGAACUGGAACUCCAGGAACCUAGUACAAGCAUAAGAGGGAGUGAAUCAACCAAAUAUGCACAGAUUGAUAUUACGGCAAUGGAGACAGCACAUAAAGUGGGAACACAACAUGCUCAGUUUCGAGAAGAACGCCUACAAGAGCUUGAACAAAAGAAGAAAGGCAGCCAGUCCUCAUCUUCAUCUUAGAAGAAACAGUGCAUUAGCCCUGUUUGUACAUGUUUUAUGAAGUUAUUAAUUUAACACUGCCGUUGUUUUUCAGAAUUGCACCAGAUUCAUUCCAAUUUAUUGAUUUCUGCUUUGAAAACUGGUAGCAUGGUGUGUGUGUGUUGUCUGAAUAUAAAAAACUGGUUGUAAACAUAUCUAAUAGAUCACACAUGUUGUAUUUUUAUCGGAUUAAAUCAUGUAUCAAGUGCACAUGAUUUUUAAACUGAAGCAUUUAAUUUAAAGACAUUUGAAUGAGAUGUAAAUGUAUCUAAGUAUACAGGCGUUUUGCUUUAUACAGCAUAUGUAUUGACAAAAUACCAUGCUUUGUUAAGAGAUAAGGUGGCUUUUUAUAUCAAUUUUCAAAAGUGAAAAUUAUUAUUACUACUACAGUCAUUCCUCCACAUUUGUGGGUUUGACUUUUGUGGAUUUUAUUAUUCAUGGGUUUGAUUAAUAUGUUCUCUCUAUAAAUGUCAGUGGAAGUUGAUCCCUAAAGUCAAGCUAUAGUACCUAGAGAUUUCUCGAGAGGCAUUAUCUCAGGUUAAGAAAAAAUGUUGUUUUUUUUAAAUUUGUGGUUUUCCCACUCUUGCACCCCUAACCUCGGGGAAUAUUAUGGUCAACUUUAUUUAUAUCCUAUUCUUUCAGGACUGAAAGCAUAUUACAAAUUUAGAUAAAGUAGUUUAAACAUACAAAAGAUCAACAUUAAAAUAAAAUUAAACUACUAACAACAUUUAAAAACAAUUUACAAUUCAAAAGUUUAAAAAUGAUAAAAAGCUAAGGCAAACCAGAAAAAUGCGUAUGUGUGUGACAUUUAUGUCUUAUGGAUUCGAUCAGGGGUUCUCAACCUUUUAAAACAAAGGGCCAGUUCACAGUCCCGCAAAAUGUUGGGAGGCCAGACUAUAGUUUGAAAAAGACAUGAACCAAUUCCUAUGCGCGCACUGCACAUAUUUUUUUUGUAGUACAAGAAAAACAUGAAAGAACAAUACAAUAUUUAAAAUGAAGAAUGGUUUUAUCCAACAUAAACUUACCAGUAUUUCAGUGGGAAGUGUGGGCCUGCUUUAGACCGAUGAGAGAGUCAAAUUAAUUAGGAUUGUUGUUGU